AAAAAAGAUAUCCCGAGCCUCUCCUUGUGGGCGCCUCAUCCAAGCUUCUUGUCAACCCAUCCUCGACAAUAUUGCCUCAUUUCUUUGUCGUAGGAUAUCCGCACAUUGAAAAUGGUGCAAACUUCUACAAUCGUUGCUGCUACGAUCGGCACAGUAGCAACUGGUUUUCUUGCUUACGCCGUAUAUUUUGAUUACAAACGUCGAAAUGACCCUCAAUUCCGCAAGCAAUUGAAGAAGGAAUCAAAACGGCAAGCAAAAGCUGCAAAAGAAGAAGCGGAAGCUCACACUGUACGACAACGACAAGCUAUUCGAGCGGCAGUAGAGGAGGCGAAGGAGGAAGGAUUCCCUACAGAUGUGGAAGAGAGGGAGGCAUAUUUCAUGUCAGAAGUAGCUAGAGGAGAAGGGUUAAGUGGCGAUGGCACGGACAACGUUGAAGCAGCUCUUUGCUUCUACAAGGCAUUAAAGGUCUACCCAACUCCAUCAGACCUAAUCUCGAUUUACGACAAGACAGUUCCCAAGCCAGUUCUUGAUAUUCUUGCGGAGAUGAUUGCAGCAGAUUCAGACUUGAACCUUGGAUCAUUCGGUGCAGGGUCAGGAUCCGACAGAGGUCUCGACUAGAUAUAUAUCCUCCACAACGCACGACGAACCACCCUUCUCCCCUCUCUCACCUUCGAACCGAUGAAUUGACGAGACUUGUCCUAACACCAACUUCUUCAGACGCGACCUGGAAACCUUUACGGGAUGAUCCGCCUGUGUAUAUCAGCUGGGGCGCUUUUGAUUUUAGGAUUCUUGUACAUUGUCAGUAUGUUUGAAAACAUCGAUAAACUUCAAAGACAGGAAUGAUGAAGAAAUACGUAAUAGAAACGAGAUAU